AUGUUCGCCUCGGAUGACCCGGCGGCCUUCGUCGUGGAUGAUUUGAAGAAAACGACAAAUCGACGGCCCUACUGGUCGAGGCGGCGGUGGGCUUUGACGGAUAACUUUAUGGUGCCGGUGAACCCGAAGCCAAAGAAUACAAUAUCGGACGAAUAA